AUGCCGUUGAAGGAAGUGGAGUUGCGUUUUGCAUCAGAAUUUAACCAGAGCGUGUCAGCCCACCUUUCUAGAUCCGGGAUCGCCGUCUGGAUUCAGAUGCUGGAGGCAGAGAAGUCGCUGCACAAGAUCAAGUGCAGGAUGGAUUGCAAAGAUAUCUCCGCGGAAACUCUGUACGACGUGCUCCACGAUAUUGAAUACAGGAAAAAAUGGGACACGAACGUCAUCGAGACCUUUGACAUCGGCAAGCUGACCGUCAACGCAGAUGUGGGAUACUACGCCUGGAAGUGCCCGAAACCCUUAAAGAACCGCGACGUCAUCACGCUGCGCUCGUGGCUGCCGAUGGGCAGUGACUACAUCAUCAUGAACUAUUCCGUCAAGCAUCCCAAAUAUCCCCCCAGGAAAGACAUGGUGAGAGCUGUCUCCAUCCAAACGGGAUACCUGAUCCAGGGGAAGGGAGCCAAGAACUGCAGCCUCACCUACCUAGCUCAGGUAGACCCCAGAGGUUCUUUGCCAAAGUGGGUGGUGAAUAAGUCUUCUCAGUUCCUGGCUCCAAAGGCCAUGAAGAAGAUGUACAAGGCUUGCGUGAAGUAUCCCGACUGGAAGCAGAAGCACAACCCUCAUUUCAAGCCCUGGCUGUACCCUGAGCAGAACUCCUUGGCCAGCCUGGCGCUCUCGGAUCUCUCCAUCCAGCACGCCGACUCCCUGGAGAACAUCGACGAAAGCAGUCUUCCGGAGACCAAGGAGGACCGGGGCGAAGGCAGCGACGAGGACAGCGUCAACUGAGGGCGGCCGGCCGGCCGGGGGCCUGUGCCACCCCCCUCUCUGACGCACCCACCCACCUGGGCUUCUUCUUGUCUGUGUAACUAGUGUGCUGGGAACAGAGGGGGGCAGGCGGGCCUCACACGCCCGGUCCCAGGACAGGAUUCUCAUCACUGGUCAGUUAGUUCUGGUCUGGCAGGGUGGGAUCACGCAGCGAGCAGAGCUUUCGGAGGAAGGCACCCAAUGCGAUCACUUUGGCAGCGCCCACUUCACUUUCCCCAACAGACCUGGACGCCCCUCAGCUCCUCUCCUCUUGUGGCAGGAGCUCCUUCUGCAACUGGCUCGUCCCUUUACCGCCAGGGGGAAGCAGAGCGGGAUCCUUCUGUGGGUUCCCUCCCCCUCCAAAUCAGAUGGUGAGGGAAGGGCCCAAGCUUUGCGGGGCGGCGGAUAAUCCGGAGGAAGAAGGGACCUUCUCCCCGUGAAGGCGUCUGCUGCUCCCUGAAGGAGUCGGCGAACUCCCUUGGCAAAUGCAACUGGCCUCACAAGGGAGGCAGCAGGGGGUCUGCGGGGGAGUGUAGGUGUGGAAUAAUCGGGCCGAGCCCCCCCAGCAAGACGCUGCAGCCUUAAGCAGAGGUAUCCACGGGGUGGGUCAAGACGGCAGCCGCGAUGGUGCAAUCCAACUCUGCCUGUCUUUGAUGCGCAUCACACAUGCAAUCAGAGCUUUGAGUGCCCCAUCGCGGCUGCCCUCUUUUUGACCGUGCCCUGCGGAUCCCUCUGGCCUCAUGGAAGGCGUUGGCUGUGGGAUAGAAUCACUGCACACUGACUCCCAGCAUGGCACGUCUGCUUGCUUCCUUGUAGUGCAGAGACAGGCACGAAAUUCCACUUGCCUCUUGGAGGAGAAGGCUGAACCGCGGGGCUUCCUCUGCAGGGAAGGUGGGGCCUUUUCAGGGGGGCGAACCCCUUUCCCACUGCUCGUCUGCAAGCGUCUGGCCGCGUUCUGUGCAGCUGCUGUAAGCUUUGCCCCCCUCCCUUGUCCUGGGCAGGCCCACCAGCAGAGACCUUCUAAAAGGUCUCUGGAGUUCGGAGGGCAGGCCUUCUGCCGGUUUCUGCCGUAAUCAGCCCCCUGCUUUGACCCUGUCAGUUUCAGCUGGGCCCUAGGUGAGAAUGGUAGGGACUGAGGAGCACCAAGGAGCAAAAGGCCUUCUGUGCAUGCUCAGGGUUAUGUAGGGAGAAGGAGAGUCCACCCUGUGCAGGACAUCCCCAGGCUGGCCGUGCAGGAGCAUCAGCUGUGAUCCCCGUGACCUCCAGGGCUCUUGGCCAACGGGCAAGCGAAGCUGCAAGAGAUGAAGGCAAUAUGUUCUCGUGGUCCUGACCCAGCAGAAGGUGCCCUCUGCCUGUCCCACUGCCAGGUGUGCCAUCUCCGGUAGCAGAAUAACAUUUCCACCCCAAAUUGGUUGCCGCUGAACAAGGCGAGCCCUCUGCUCUGCUCCCCACAAUUAAAUUGAGCUCUGGGGGAGCAAAUUCCUCUGGAUGAGCUGCCUGCAAAGCAAGGGGACACCUCCCCUGCCAGACAGUCUUGGGCCAACACAGCUGGAAGGGCAGCUCUGAGCAACCAAGCCAGCCUCUCCACCCUCUUCCUUCAUUUCCGGGAUUAGUAAACGCUCUUUCUUUGCUGGGGAAACCUUGUCUGGUGGGGGAGCCACUACCCUGGGGAGUCUAGCAGCAGGAGAUGUGGGGUGAUGCUUUCCACGGGGCCCCCUUCUCUCUCUCUCUCUCUCUCUUGUUGCCCCCCUCCCAGUCCGAAAGGCUAGUAGAACAAGAAAAAUUCUUUCUGGGCUGAGAUUUGACUAGCUUUAAAUUGUGGGGUUGUUCCUGUAGCUUUCAGGGGUUUGUUUCCCUAAGGCCCUUUUGCAUUUCCAGGGGGGCAAAAAAAGGGGGGGAUUUCAUAUCUUGUUACUGGAGCCAUUUGUUUCAAAAUAAAAGGAGUUCAAAUUC